UCAUCGCAGUGUCCUAACUCAAAGUUUGUGCUGGUCCAGUAAAUUCUUAAGCUUGUCCCAUGAGACCCACUUCUUGUUGUGGCAUAACCACUCAUUGUACGGAUCCCUACUCCGUAUUAUACAUACAACUACAUCCCGGAGCCACGUGAACAACGGUCGCUCAUCUAAAUCGCAUUACUGAAAGCUUCGACAGCAUCCAAAUGAAUGAAUCAGCUCCUAUUUGAGCGAUCAACCGGCAAUGUCGGACCCAACGUCUUUGCCAGGCUUCAGACCACCAAGCUGCUCAGCUUAUUUCAAGCCGCGCCACAGUUUCGCUUCGAUGGAGGUGAGCGCGGCACCGCCAUUCACCAAGAAGAAGCAGGCUCAUCAGAAAGCUCGACCCUAAGGCCCGGUAUCUGGGCUCACCAGGCUGGCGUGAAUGCCCUGGCAGUGGAACGAUUUGAUGGUCGCACGUGAGUUUACUGCUUUAGAACGAUGCCCCAAUCCUUAUUAUCUGACACCCGCAGCCUUGUAUCUGGCGGAUCAGAUGCCUCGGUCAAGCUAUGGGAUCUGGAAGCUUGUGGCAACCCAUCAAGAGGCUAUACAUACAAUCCUACUGCCAGCAUUAAGCGUGGAGAGAAAGGCCACAAAUAUGGGAUUACUUCUAUCUCAUUUUAUCCAUUUGACGCUGCUGCAUUUCUAUCUACUUCGUACGACCAGACUUUGAAGCUGUGGUCUACAGAAACUGCAAGUGUUUCUGGUUCUUUUGCGUUAGGCUCGAAGGUCUAUACUCAUGCGAUUUCUCCAAUUGCGGAACAUCUCCUUGUCGCUUGUGGAACGCAACAUCCUGCCGUAAGAUUGGUCGACCUGCGCUCGGGUUCCAAUGUUCAGUCAUUAGCCGGCCACACCCACGCAGUGCUCGCAACAGCUUGGUCUCCGCGCCACGAGCAUGUCCUGGCGUCUGGUAGUGUGGAUGGCACGGUCAGGAUAUGGGACAUCCGCCGGGCUGGUGGGGUAAUCGGCAUGCUGGAUAAGGAAGAUAGUCUAGGGUUGUACUAUAACGGAUUGCUCGGAAGCGAUGGUCAUGUGCGAACCCGGCUCUCGGCCAGGGCUCAUUCUGGACCCGUGAAUAGCCUUGCAUGGACCGAUGACGGUAAUUAUAUUGUGUCUGCCGCGCAUGAUCGACGAAUCCGUGUGUGGGAUGCUGCCACUGGUGCGAAUACCCUUGCCAGCUUUGGUCCUAGUAUUAAGAACUCACAGCUCGGCAACAUCGGUAUGUUCACGUCUCCGACUGGUGUGACGCAUCCUAGGAAGAAUCUAUUGUUCUGGCCGAAUGAAGCGGAAAUCCUGGUCUUCGAUCUCCACGAAGGACAAGUUAUAACAAGAUUACGAGGCACUGGCCCUGCAAAGGCUGGCAUUCGGUCGUCAAAUGGGUCAGAGAGAACAGUACAAAACAGAAUUACUGCCAUAGCUUGGCGUGGAGCAGGAGGCGGCGGCGAAUCAAGCGGCGUUGCUAUGGGUGGCAGCAAUAUGGCAGGCGCUUUAUUCAGUUCUCAUCUUGAUGGGCAGAUCCGAACCUGGAUACCGCAGCUCGAAGGUUUGGACGAUGAAGACACGGACCUUGGAUCAAACGAAGCUAGUGAGGAGAAGGUAAAGAAACGCAAGGCGCUCGACGAUGUUUUCAAGAACCUAAUGGGAAAACAAAUAACGUUCAAUUAGCUAGCUUGGUUAGUACUUCAAGAAUUAGUAUCUCUCAGCCAAGAGUACCAUGGCCGAAAUACGGGCUAUAAGAUACGAAACAUCUAGCCUUAUCACUUGGUGCGGCACUGGCAAUCCCUGGCCGGCAUGAUGACUCUUGAACAAGUCACAGAAGUUCCGCCUCGGCCGAAAUUCCAUUGAAGAGAUAUUCAA